AUGGACCUCUCCAAUCACGCUCUUCUCCUCCAUCUGGUGCUUGCGGCGCUCCUCCAUCCUGCCGUCGUCGUCGCUGUUGACGAUGCGACAUCAGGCCGCAGCAAGGGCUUUAGCCUGCGCCUGGUCCCUAGCCCCGGCUGGAACAGUACCAUCCAUGUCGACGACGACGGGUUCGUGCACCUGAACGAGCCAGUUGAGCACGCCCCCAACGUGCUUCGGCCGCACAUGCCUCACAAAGAGAGGUACAACAUCAUCACCACCGUCGGGACGGGCCAUGGCCGCCGAACGUACACCCUCGCGAUGGAGAUGACCCAGAGCCUGACGUGGAUGCAGUGCGUGCCGAUCCAAAACCCGUUUGAGCAGGUGCCGCCGCCCUUCGACCCGACGGCCUCGCCGUCAUUCCACCCACUCGCGCCCACCAACCACCUUUGCUCGCCGCCGGGGGGCAGCGUGUGCAGGUUCAGGAGCAACCCCAUGUUCCUCGGUGUCGCGAGUGCAAGCGGUGUGCUCGGCCAUGAGACCAUGUCCUUCGCGGCCUCGGGCCAUGGCGCCGCGGCGGCGGUCGAACCCGCCGUCGUCAUCGGCUGCGCGCACACCAGCGAGCGUUUCAGAAGCCACGGAGUGCUUGCCGGCAUCCUCGCCCUGGGCAAGACGUACCCAUCGCUCAUCUGGUUACUGGGCCGUGGCGGCUUGCAUCGCUUCUCGUACUGCCUCUUCUUCCCGUUCACGCAGGGGAGCCGGCACGGGUUCCUCCGGUUCGGCAGCGACAUCCGGGUCGACACGAGGCACAUGAAGAGCACCAGGCUGCUCUACCCCGAGGUGAGCGCCUACUACGUCAACCUCGCCGGCAUCAGCUUUGGCAGGACGCGGCUGGGCGGCAACCUGGCGGAGGUGUUCAGGCGCCGAAAGCUCGCGGAUGGCAGUUGGCACAGUGGUUGCGUGCUUGACGCCGGGAUGUUCUGGGGGGGUACGUUCAUGAUCAGGCCUGCGUACGACAUCCUGGAGCGCGCCCUGGCGGAGCACGGCAGGAGGCUCGGGGUGCCGCGCGUACCCCGCCACAACUUCGGUCUCUGCUUCCGCGCGACGCGCGCCAUCUUGUCGCACUGGCCGACGGUGACGCUGCACUUCGAGUCCGAGCAGGACCUUGUGCUCACGCCGAACAAGCUGUUUGUCCUGCAGGAUCAAGACAUGUGCCUCACCGUGAAACCGCACCCGCAGAUUACCGUCAUCGGCCCAGCGACGCAAGUGGGCACGCGCUUCGUCUACGACCUCGCCGCCAGCAGGGUGUACUUCGCCCCUGAAAACUGCAAUGCCGACACUGGCGUCUAG